GCGACGACCAUCGGCAUGCUGCACCAUGGACUGCGAGUUCAUUGCUGGCUGACUCCGUCGCGUAGAUAUGCCUGUUCUCCAAGCUGCCUCCGCGGUGCCGUUGGGAGUCGGGCCUCGUCCACAAACAGCAAGCUCCAUUCCAACAUCGAACGCGCUCAAAGACCUAGGAUUGCGUGGGUAGGCCAGCAGCCUCCGCAAAAUGUACUGCGCCGGUCUCCUAAGGAAUCCACGGCUAUCUGGAACUCCAUUCGCCAUACUGCUUUUGGGGACUGGUCGUCAGCGGCACGAACGCUCCACGAAGCUAUCACCUCUGGACGACUGGACGCUGCUAGCUGUCUCGAAUCAUCAAUCGCAACCAAUACUGUGUCACUAGAGACGAUUCGAGCUUGUCUUGACGCCGAAAUGACCCGCAUCACGAAACUUCCACGCCGUGCCCGACCUGCAGUCUUCCGAAAGGAGAGGAAGCAACUUGCACGAAGCGUGCUGCACUAUAUUUGGAAUGACACUAUAUUGUGGCUGCCCUUGAUGGCCAACGACCGCAAAGCAGCCAUGCAGCUAUGCUACUUAUUGCUUGCCGAGAAGGCUGAAGGUCUCAUCGACCAAUUUUGGAUGAGACCACUUCCUGAGGAAUCGUUAGCCUGGGCAUACGACGAUCCCUUGCUCAUCUCAUGCAUGAUGUCGCCCCGAUCUGCCGUCAGUGCCAUCAAAAGCUAUUUACGGCUGGAGAAGUUCGCUGAAGACGCAAAAAGACGGUUUUAUGACGAGCAGCGCUUAGCGCCCGAUAAGCCCUUUCCGGCUGUCGCAAGAAUCUCACUGGCGCCUGCCCUCAUGACCCUCAAAGCGCGAUUUAUCACCGGUGACUACUCACGAACAAGUCCUCAGCUCUGGGAUCUUGCUGUGAGCAGAAUAGCACGCCUCGUCAGCUUCGACGAAUCGACUAAGCCCAUUGCAACUCACUUCAGCCUCGCAGCUUUGUCUUUAAACCAUCCUACCACCCCGGCAGCGACAGAGGCUCUAACUUUUCUGGAUAAAUACUUCCUCGAUUCGCCCAAGGGCGACCCAAAGGAGAUUCGGGAUGCCCUUCCCGCCAGUGAACGAGUGCUCUGCCUGUUCCUGUCAAAAGCUUCCUCAAUAGCCCACAAGGAUGGGCAAGAACAAGUAGCUGCUCGCGUGGCAGCACUGAAGACUGAAUUGCUGCUGUCGGCUCCAAACAGAGCUCGCUGA